AUGCAUAGAUGGAAGACACAAAGAGAGAGAGAGAGAGAGAGAAAUAUAGAUAUAUAUAGUAUCUUGGCUUGUUGGUUUCUUGAUACGCGGACAUGGAAACUGCUAAGGUACUUGAACUACAGCCGCAAUCAUGCUGUGCUGGUGCGGCCCACAUCGCCUCAGGACGGGCAAUUGCUGUUCAAAUUUGAGUGGGACAAGGUCAAGCUGAGCUUGCGAGUCACUUCUGCAAUGUCGGGCGAGUUCGUGUGCACCGUCCCUGGCCGAUGGGGGCCCCGCGCCACUUUCUGGAAGGCAUUGGACGCUUUCGUUGGGCUAUGUGAUAGGAUGCAAGAGGAGGCUGACCGCAUGCGCUUGGGAUGUUGCCAAGUCCUAUGCAUUGUGAACAAGAAGCACUUGGACCCAGAGCUACGCAAACAGACCUUGGAACACAUCUUUGGACAUGCGGCUUUGGAGCUCGAGCAGAUUGCGGAGGGUGCGAUCGGAACCACAUACAUUACCGAUGAAGACAUUACCGAUGAAGCGGAAGAGCCAAGUUCUGAAGAAGCCUGCCAGCGGACUGAAGCGCCCUGCGGGUCGCACCUGAGUCGCAUGACACGGGAGA